AUGAAGUUCUCUAUCGCCUCCUCCAUCGCCGUCCUGGCCGCUCUGGCCAACGCCACCCCGACUCCCACUGUCGUCGGCGGCAACGCCGUCGACCCCCGUGCCGUCGAGAAGCGCGCCACCAUCACUGACGCCUGCGACGUCGGCUACGGCGCCGGCACCACUGGUGGCUCUGGCGGUACCACCACCACCGUCUCCACCCUGGCCCAGUUCACCGCGGCCGCCACCUCCUCCGACAAGGCCGUCAUCGUCGUCAAGGGCGCCAUCACCGGCGCCGCCAAGGUCAAGGUCGGCUCCAACAAGUCCAUCAUCGGUGCCAAGGGCUCCUCCCUCACCGGCGUCGGUCUGUACAUCAACAAGCAGGAGAACGUCAUCGUCCGCAACAUGAAGAUCAGCAAGGUCCUCGCGGAUAACGGCGACGCCAUCGGCAUCCAGGCCUCCUCCAAGGUCUGGGUCGACCACUGCGAGCUCUCCUCCGACCGUGACAACGGCAAGGACUACUACGACGGUCUCCUCGACAUCACCCACGCCUCCAUGGCCGUGACCGUCUCCAACACCUACCUCCACGACCACUACAAGGGCUCCCUCGUCGGCCACUCCGACUCCAACUCGGCCGAGGACACUGGCAAGCUGUACGUCACCUACGCCAACAACUACUGGAAGAACAUUGGCUCCCGUGUCCCCUCCGUCCGCUUCGGAAACGUCCACAUCUUCAACAACUACGAGGAGAGCAUUGACACCUCCGGUGUCAACACCCGCAUGGGCGCCCAGGUCCUCGUCGAGUCCUCCGUCUUCUCCUCCGUCAAGAAGGCCAUCACCUUCCUCGACUCCAAGACCACCGGCUACGCUACCGUCUCCGACGUCGACCUCGGUGGCUCCACCAACGACGCCCCUGCCGGCACCUUCACCAAGCCCGACUACUCCUACUCCAAGCUCGGCUCUGCCAAGGUCAAGGCCUCCGUCGUCGCCUCCGCCGGCCAGACCCUUUCCUUCUAA